CUUCGAUGUCUCUCGCCGUCAGCUCAGAGUCCCAUAGCUAUACUGCCGAGAGGAUAACCCUCGUUUCCUCGAAGCCCUUUGACAAAGUCAUUGAAUCCCUGGACGAGGAGACGAACAGGGCCGGACCUCACGUGGAGGAGAUCCUGGGCAGUGCCAAGAGCAAGGAGGAGAUCGAGCGGGGUAUGAGCGCACUCACCGACUCUGACAAAAGAAGUUUCGUGUUCUUCUCUGAACAGUUCCACUCCAAAUGGCUCGGCAACUACUACGGGCAGAAGUUCGAUGACUUCGUGCUCUACACGCUCGGAAACCCAAGGACAUGAUGGUGCGCGACUCCACGACGGCCCUGGGCUGUCCAGCGCGCGUGCUCGUGCAAGCCACAAAAGAAGGCGGAACCAAGAUCCAGUAUGACCGACCAAGCUCGUGGUUCACUGAAAAUCCGGGCCCGGAGCUGAACGCAGCGCUGGAGAGUCUGAGUGGGAAAAUCGAG